AUGGAACUCGUUCCUGAUCUUAGCACCGUCAAGUUCAUGCAAGCCUUCCGCCGCUUCGUGUCCCGACGUGGGCUCCCUUCCGAGGUGUUUUCAGACAACGGCAAAAACUUUGUUGGGGCGGCUAACGAUCUCCGCAACCUUCUCCGCAAUGAAGAGUUUAAGGAUACGGUGCAGCAGGAAGGCGCAAAGGUUGGAAUUCGGCGGCAUUUUAACCCCCCCAGAGGAUCACACUUCGGCGGUCUCUGGGAGGCAGCAAUACAUUCCGCUCAAAAGCAUUUCAUUCGUGUUUUGGGAAAGGGUCUAUUGCGCUAUGACGAUAUGGAAACCUUGUUAACCCAGAUUGAACGCUGCUUAAACUCACGCCCGCUCAUCAAGCUUACGAAUGAUCCCGAAGAUUUGCACGUACUGACACCAGGCCAUUUUUUGGUUGGUAGUGCUCUCCAAUCAGUGCCAGAGCUCAAUUAUGACAACAUUCCUCUCAAUCGUUUGCGCCAUUGGCAUCAGGUGCAGAAAAUACUUCAGGAUAUAUGGAAACGCUGGCACGUAGAAUAUCUGACUUCGCUUCAGCCUCGUCCUAAAUGGUCACACCCACCAGUCUAG